AUGUUGGCAACGCAGCCGGAGGAUCUUCCCGCUGGCCAAGCUGUCAACUCUGUCCUCAAUCCACAACGACGAUCCACUGAUGACGAGUCGAGUGAUGUCGGUGCUUUUGACCCGGAGAAGUUUGACGAGGCGAGCACUUACGCGCCAAUAAGUGCCCCUCUAGCCGCCAAUGAUGAGCGAAUACAGAGAUUACAUUUGGCUUCUUCACGGUCCGUUGAACGCAGUUGGUCCCUGAAUGAUGGAUAUAGCUGCCACACGGCAGAUGAAGAGGCAGGGGAGAAGCUCCCCGCCGAAGAACAGGGGAAGGGCGGAGAUGAUUUAUCCGCCUUUAUGGUCGGAUGGGACGAAAACGACCCGAUGAAUCCUCGGAACUUCAACACGCUGAGGCGAUGGAUGAUCGUGAUUAUCUGCUCGAUGGGUUCACUCUGGCCAUUGUCCGAGGAAGCGCGUUUCUUAGCGUUGCCGGUGGUACGGUGGGGGACCUUUUUUGCUCGUCAUGAGCUCAGUGCGCCAAUGAUGCUCUACACUGCUUCGCCUUUCAUUGGCCCGGAAGUAGGACCAUUGGUUGGUGGAUUAAUAAAUCAGUUUACUACAUGGCGCUGGACGUUUUACGUACUUCUUAUCUGGACGGGUGUAUUGCUCGUUUCGAUCAUUGCUUUUGUCCCCGAAACCUAUCAUCCUGUGCUUUUAAGACGUAAGGCACAGAAAUUACGACAGGAAACAGGGGACGACCGCUGGGGAGCUCCCAUCGAGAAAUUGAAUCGCUCUGUCGCACAGACGGUCCUGCGGUCGAUCUAUCGACCUAUGCUGCUUCUUGCGCUGGAGCCUAUGUGCUUGAAUCUUUGCGUAUUCUCGGCCAUCCUUUUGGGUAUACUCUAUCUCUUCUUUGGCGCCUUCCAGUUAGUGUUUGGCAACGUAUAUGGCUUUAUGCUAUGGCAGCGCGGUCUUUGUUUCCUGGGCCUCUUUGUGGGGAUGAUCCUUGCUAUCCUCUCGAACCCCUUUUGGCGCCACAUUUACCAGCGCCUGGAGAAGGACCAUGAGAGGAGGGUUGGGAAAGUCGACGACUUCCAGCCCGAGUGGCGGCUUCCUCCAGCGAUCCUUGGCGGACCCCUUGUGACGAUAGGAUUGUUCAUUUUUGCCUGGACGGUUUAUCCUCAGGUGCAUUGGAUAGCACCGAUCAUUGGCAGUGGGCUUUUUGGGGCCGGGACCAUCCUCGUGUAUUCCGGUAUUUUCACCUUUUUGGUGGAUGCGUAUCCGACCUUUGCGGCCAGUGCAUUGGCGGCCAAUAGCUUUGCUCGCUCGCUGUUUGGGGGGAUCUUUCCCUUGUUUGGGAUCCAGAUGUACAACAACCUGGGAUACCACUGGGCCACAUCGUUGCUGGCCUUCUUGACACUGGCCUUGACGCCAUUUCCGUACGUCUUUUUCCGGUACGGCACUCGGAUUCGGCAGAAGAGCCGAUUUGCUGCACGGUAG